AUGAGUGGCUACCGAAAAAAACUUAGUGGUGUAGAAUAUCGUAAAAGAAAAGCAGAAGAAUCUACAAAAAUAGACAGUUUACUAAAAAAAAUUCCAAAAAUAUCUAAUUUUAUUACUAGCUCAACUAAUUCUUCUAAUAAUGACCAACAACCGUCAUGUUCAUCUGUCCCAGAAUUGGAAGAAACUUCAGCACAAGAUAACGAAGAAGUACUGUCUAACACUUCUCCAUCACAAGAUACGAACAGGACGCCAUCAAAUUUCUCUUCAUCACAACAUACAGAAGAACUCCAUUCAACAACUGAUAUUAUACGAUUUAAUAGUGAUCCUUUUUUAUGGAAUUUGAAUGAAGAAACACGGGAUUUUAUAACUAUGAACGGUAUACCACGAAAUGAUAAUACGGAUUUUAAAAAUUCUAAAAAUGUUUAUAAUGAUAAAACAAGGUAUUGUUCCAAAAGUUUAUUUCAACGUACAUUGAAAAAUGGAGAGAUUCAACGCCGUGAGUGGUUAAUUUAUUCAGAAACUAAGGGUUCUGUAUUUUGUGUUCCAUGCUUAUUAUUCGGUAGAAGUGUUGAAACGAAUGCUUUUACUGGUGAAGGAUUUCGUGAUUGGAAAAACUUAAAAGCCCGCCUCGAAGGUCAUGAAAAUUCUGAUUUUCACAAGACUAACGUUAGUUAUUUUAAAGCUCGAGCAGUAAUUCACGGGCGUGUUGAUCAACGUCUAAUAAAACAGCUGGAUGAGGAAAUUACAUACUGGAAAAUAAUCUUAUACCGAGUCAUUGCAAUUAUUAAAUCACUAGCAAUAAGAGGAUUGCCAUUUCGAGGAAAUUCAGAACGAAUUGGAGAUCCCCAUAAUGGAAAUUUUUUAGGAACAGUAGAGCUUCUUGCUGAAUUUGAUCCAUUUUUGUCUGAAUAUCUAAAAUUGUACGCGCACCCUGGUAGCGGAAACACAUCGUACUUAUCGAAAACAAUCUAUGAAGAAAUCAUAUUAUUGAUGCAGAAUAAAGUAUUACAACAAAUUUCUAGUGAGGUGCAAUCUGCUAAGUAUUUUGGUAUAAUUGUAGAUUCUACGCCUGAUAUUGCACAUGUCGAUCAGCUUACUAUAAUUAUUAGAUAUGUACGUGAUAACGGUGAAAUUGUUGAAAGGUUUCUAGAAUUUAUACCAAAUAUCGGCCAUAAAGCUAAAGAUAUUGAGAAUGCUUUGUUAAAAUCUCUAGAAAAUAAUGGUUUGGACAUAGUGAACUGUCGUGGUCAAUCUUAUGAUAAUGCAAGCAAUAUUUCAGGUAUUUUUUUAGGCCUUCAGACACGAAUCAAAACAAUUAAUCCUCUAGCAGAUUACGUUCCUUGUGCUGCUCAUUAUUUAAAUUUAGUAGGAUCAUAUGCGGUUGAAUCCGUCACAGAAGCAGUCGAUUUUUUUUCUACUUUGCAAGAACUAUAUAAUUUCUUCACUAUAUCCACCCACCGUUGGGAAAUUUUGGUGCAGCGUACAAAUUUAAGAAUUAAGAGUCUUCCUCAAACUCAUUGGUCUGCUCGAUAUGAUGCCUGCGCGUUAGAAAAAGAAUGGUCUGCAAUAAUUGAUGCACUGGAAUUUAUUGCUGAAAGCGAAGAUGAGAAACCGACAACACGGUCUGAAGCUACGGGAUUGCAGCGAAAGUUGCAGCAUUUAGAAACAGCAAUUCUAGUCAUCGUUUGGAAUGUAAUUUUAGAUCGAUUUAAUGCUGCUAGUAAGAAGAUUCAAGAAUCUCAAGCUGAUUUAUCAUCUGUUGUGCAGAUAUAUAGUUCUCUGGCUCUAUUUCUUCAGGACAUGAGAGACAGAUAA